CUACGUAGUCGGCAGUUCUGGAGUGCCAUGUUGGCAGAGCUGCUCGGCACCCUAUUGUUAGUGAGCGCCGUGUUGGGAGCCUCUGUUCCAGGGCCCGGGGAGGCCUCCGUGGGACCGCUGUAUCCAGCAGUGGCUGUGGGGGCUGUGAUUGUUGCACUAUGCCACUGUUUUGGAGAAAUCAGUGGAACACAGGUGAAUCCUGCUCUGACUCUGUCUCUCUUGGCCACGCGGAGGCUGGAUGUUUUGCGGGCCCUAGUGUAUAUCGCUGCUCAGUGUUUUGGAGCCUGUUUAGGAUCUUGGUUCCUCUACCUGGCCCUGCCCCUCAAAACCACUGCAGACCACUUUGUUAACAGGGUGCCCAUCGAACUAAGUGCAGCCCAAGCUCUGGGUGUUGAGGUUUUGUGCACCUUCCAGAUGGUCUUCACUGUCUUCUCAGUGGAGGAUCAACGGCGGAAGGAGAGCAUGGAACCAGGAAACCUGGCCAUUGGAUUUGCACACAGUGCUGGAGUCCUAAUAGGGGCCCGGUUCUCCGGUGCCAGUAUGAACCCAGCACGCUCUCUGGGUCCAGCCAUCAUCACUGGGUUCUGGGAAAACCACUGGGUGUAUUGGAUCGGCCCGGUGCUUGGUGCUUUACUCGCUGGUAUGUUGCACGAGUUCUUCUUUGCACGAAGCGCCUCUCGCCAGAAGCUGGUGGCCUGUUUGACCUGUAAGGACAUAGAGAUUGUUGAGACUGCCAGCAUGACUGGAUCAUCCCUGUCCACAGUCACGCAGAAUGCCAUGAGAGCCAAACAGGCCCACAAACAGGAGAACAACUGAAGACGCAUGCAUGAAAGGAUGCUGAAUAAAACACACAUCUAUACAGUUGAUAAAUCAGACCUGAUGGGGUUGGGGAUGAAUGGGAAAUAUGCAGUUGGAUUCAAUUUCUCAUCCACAAUAUCCUAUAUUAUACAAAAUAACACAGCAAUUGUCAAUGAUGCAAGUAUCAUUGUAUAAUCAGUAUCAUCAACACAGAGAAGAGGGAGAUAAAUCUCUAAAUUAAUAAUGUCACACUGCAGACGUAAGGACAAAAUAAAUGAAUAAAUGUUAAAAAGUAGUGGAAAGUGUACAUUUUAAUUUUCAUGUUUUUUAUAUUUCCAAAUUUAAGGAAGCCCUUUUCCAAGUAAGGAGAAGGUUGCAUUUUAAAUGAGUGCAUAUUGCUGCCAGUUUUCAGUGAUGCAGUAUUCAUUUCCACAUUCGCACAUCAUUAUGAUAUGUAAAACAGACUAAUUGAAAUCCUGCUGAAUAACACCCUCAUGUUCUCGUUGCACAUUGUGUUUUUGAAUGCUUUGAAAUGCUAAGAAGGUCCUUCCGCCGCUCCAGGGGUUCAAUGAUGCUCUCAAUCACUCCACCAUCUCUCUCAAGUCCGUCUCCCCUCUGAACUCCCCUAUUCACAAUCAAAUGGACCUCCAUACCUCUGUAAUCGCUCUACAGAAAGAACAUCUUCAGCUGGAACAAGCUUUGUAGUGUAAAAUGGAUACCAUGGGUGUAUGUGUUUAUGUGUGUGAAUACUGUUCGGAAAUGUGUUUGAAAAUUACGUUUCACUUUCAUGAAACCUUGAAUUGUUUGUAUUUGUUGCUAGAAACUGCCAUUUUUACCUUGUCCUGAAAUAAGU